AUGGCGUCAAGCGAGCACGGGUUAUCGAUCAUGUCGUAUGAAUUAAAUCGCAUGGACUCUGCCACUCAACUUUCGUCGAACACGCCCAGUGAUCAACCAAACAUGUCUAGCUCGCACGGACACCGGAAUUAUGAUGAGAGAAUGGGCUAUUUCGAAAGCGGCUGUCCUGGGGAUGGUCGCUUUGGUAGAAUCGGCGAGAUGAUACACGUGCCUGCUCCUGGCUUGAACGAGAUAGAGAAUCCUGGUCGAUCUGGAAGAUAUCCAGAGUCCUCGCAGCGGACGUGUUUACAAGAAGAUCGCUCUGGAAACCCGAUGCCCGUUGGUGGCAUCUACUACAAUGAGGCAGGAGACGUCCAUGGGCAGGUUCUCAUUGCUAGUCCCUCAGACCACAUGCAUUUGACUGAUAGAAAUGGUUCUCGACACCCUUCCGACUUAUAUCCUCCCACUCUAGACAAUACCCCCUCUCCUACGUCGCGUAGCGCUCUGCCUUCGCUCGCGGAGCGAGUAGGUAAAGUUGCCCUCCCACAUGGCCAUGUACCAACUCACUCGUCCUAUCAACCGGACUCCAUGUCGUAUGGACCGUCGAUACUACCUCUUUCUGGUUCCAAAGUUUCGACAGGCAUCUCUAGUGGUCUGCCAAACUUAACCAUAUUUGAGGCUCAAUAUCAAGAAUCACAGCACGGUUCAGAAUUAUCACAGAUGGACUCGGGUGACCAUAUCACCACUACAAACCCCAGGCCUCAGAAUUUAGUUAUCGACAAUGUCUGCGGGUUGUCCCCCUCCACCUUGUCUUCCAUUCCCAUGAGUAAUAGCCCAGUCUGGUCGCAAUCGCAGCCUCUUGCUUCAAGCAAUGCCUUCGGUGCACAACCCUGUAACCCCAUUAUGGGAGCUUCUCUGAUAGGCAAUUCAUCUGCCAGCUCAAUUCCAGAGACAAGCAGGAAAGAAGAAGAAGAAGAAAUCCAAAAUGCAUGGCUGCGAGACCUGUGGGAAGUAUUUUCCACGCCAAUUCAUUUCGUUUUUCGUCCUAGACCAAGUGGUUUACGAACACAUAUGAACAUCCAUAGCAAUGCCAAACGUUGCACUCGCACAUUUGGGGUGCGCUCCAAUGCAAAGCGGCAUCUACGAACACACGGCAUCAAUCCAUCGGUACCACAGGAUGGGGACAUCCCUCCAUAUAUUGUGGACUUCAACACGCCUAUUGUCUCCAUCUCCCAAAACUUGGAACAUCACCAACCCAACAGUGGGACGCAACACCAAACGAUUCAGCCAUUCUUCAGGUUGCGAUGGGUUCCCCCAAGCCUGGCACACUGCACCAACGCCGCAUCACUUAAACCUGUGUCGCCUAAUGAUUCUUGCUCCGAAGAUGAGAAUGACAGCGAUCCAGAAAAUGCAGGACUUCAAAGUGGUGGUAGCUCAGCAGGCCAGCUUUCUAACGGCUAA